GCCGGCAAUAACUGAUAUGGAAUACUGAUACAUUCUCCCUGGCAGUUCCUUCCACUCCAAAGAGGCUCCUUUCCUCCCCUCUUCUCAUGUUCCCGACCCCAGCCUGGUGCCCAGCCAACCCCGUCCAGGACGCCCCUGCACCCGGGGGAGGACAAGUCCUGGGCGUGAUGCUCUGAGCCGGCGGCGGCGGCGAAAUCCACCCGGCUGCUUUUCGCUCCAGCUCGCUCUUUGGAGAGUCCUGCUCCAGACUCCUCAGGGUUUUUACAGCACAAACAACUGCAUGCGGGGCAGAGGGGAGGCUGAAAAGGACUUGUGUGGGGUGGUUCGAUAGCCUUUCAUCACUUUGCUGGCUUCCUCCUGAGCCUUGCCUGGAUUUCUUUCUGCCAAAGACACGGAGGAAGGAUCCCUUCUCCUUCUUUUGACUCUUUCUAUUUUUAUGCAUCUCAUUAACUGAAGCAAGUCAUGAUGACCAAGUCCAAAAUCAACAGAGCAGGAAACAUACUUUCUCUCCCUACUGGGAAGGACUGAUGGAUCACAUGAUAGAGAGGAGGUUUAAGUUUAUCUAUUCAUGGGGCUGAAAAGCAUUUGCAAAUCCAUCAACGGCGAAGUGUGGCAAGACGCCCAGGGUCACGUCGCCUGCCUGUGGUCAGGCAUUCCUCACUUCCACCAGGCAGGAGGUCAAUAAAUAUGGAGGCAAGCUCUUCUGGAAUCACUAAUGGGAAAACCAAAGUCUUCCACCCAGAAGGAGGUGUGGAUUUGCAAGGCUACCAGCUGGAUAUGCAAAUACUACCUGACGGCUCAAAGAGUGAUGUGGACUUUUCAGAGAUUCUUAAUGCAAUACAAGAAAUGGCCAAGGAUGUCAAUAUUCUUUUUGAUGAAUUAGAAGCUGUCAACAGUCCUUGCAAAGAUGACGAUUCUCUGCUUCACCCUGGAAACCUGACCAGUACUUCAGAUGAUGCCAGUAGAUUGGAAGCAGGGGGAGAGACAGUGCCAGAAAAACACAAAUCGAAUGGACUUUACUUCAGAGAUGGAAAGUGUCGAAUUGACUAUAUUCUUGUGUACAGAAAAUCCAACCCACAGACCGAAAAGAGAGAAGUAUUUGAAAGAAAUAUUAGAGCAGAAGGAUUACAAAUGGAGAAAGAGUCCUCUCUAAUAAAUAGUGACAUUAUCUUUGUGAAGUUGCAUGCCCCAUGGGAAGUGCUUGGAAGAUAUGCAGAACAAAUGAAUGUAAGAAUGCCUUUCAGGAGAAAAAUCUAUUACCUGCCCCGCCGGUACAAGUUCAUGAGCAGGAUCGAUAAACAAAUAAGCAGGUUUCGGAGAUGGUUACCUAAGAAGCCCAUGAGGCUGGACAAGGAGACACUGCCAGACCUGGAGGAGAAUGACUGCUACACUGCCCCUUUCAGCCAGCAAAGGAUCCACCACUUCAUCAUACACAACAAAGACACUUUCUUCAACAACGCCACAAGAAGUAGAAUCGUACAUCAUAUUUUACAAAGAAUAAAGUAUGAAGAAGGAAAAAACAAAAUUGGUCUGAAUCGUUUGCUUACCAAUGGCUCCUAUGAAGCUGCAUUUCCUCUGCAUGAGGGAAGUUACAGAAGUAAAAACUCCAUUAGAACCCAUGGAGCGGAAAACCAUAGACAUCUGCUCUAUGAGUGCUGGGCCUCCUGGGGUGUGUGGUAUAAAUACCAGCCUUUGGAUCUUGUAAGGCGGUACUUUGGAGAGAAGAUUGGGUUGUAUUUUGCCUGGUUGGGCUGGUACACUGGCAUGCUCUUCCCAGCGGCCUUCAUUGGAUUGUUUGUCUUCUUGUAUGGAGUCAUUACUCUGGAUCACUGCCAAGUCAGUAAAGAAGUCUGCCAAGCUACAGAUAUCAUCAUGUGUCCUGUGUGCGAUAAAUACUGUCCAUUCAUGAGGCUGUCAGACAGCUGUGUUUAUGCCAAGGUAACCCACCUCUUUGACAAUGGAGCCACUGUCUUCUUUGCUGUUUUCAUGGCAGUCUGGGCGACAGUUUUCCUGGAGUUCUGGAAAAGACGGCGAGCUGUAAUUGCUUAUGACUGGGAUCUGAUCGACUGGGAAGAAGAGGAGGAAGAAAUACGGCCCCAGUUCGAAGCGAAGUACUCCAAGAAAGAGCGAAUGAAUCCUAUUUCAGGAAAGCCAGAACCAUAUCAAGCAUUUGCAGAUAAAUGCAGCCGACUUAUUGUUUCUGCAUCUGGGAUAUUUUUUAUGAUCUGCGUGGUGAUCGCUGCUGUAUUUGGGAUCGUCAUUUACCGGGUGGUGACUGUCAGCACUUUUGCUGCCUUUAAGUGGGCGUUAAUCCGGAAUAACUCUCAGGUGGCAACCACAGGGACUGCCGUGUGCAUCAACUUCUGCAUUAUUAUGCUGCUGAAUGUGCUCUAUGAGAAAGUUGCACUUCUUCUGACAAAUUUAGAACAGCCUCGCACAGAGUCCGAGUGGGAGAACAGCUUCACCCUGAAAAUGUUUCUUUUUCAGUUUGUCAAUCUGAACAGUUCCACAUUUUACAUCGCAUUUUUCCUUGGAAGAUUUACAGGACACCCAGGUGCCUACUUGAGACUGAUAAACAGGUGGAGACUAGAAGAGUGCCAUCCUAGUGGAUGCCUUAUUGAUCUCUGUAUGCAAAUGGGUAUUAUAAUGGUGCUAAAGCAGACAUGGAAUAAUUUCAUGGAACUUGGCUACCCGUUAAUUCAGAAUUGGUGGACCAGAAGAAAAGUACGACAAGAACGUGGACCCGAAAGAAAAAUAAGUUUCCCACAGUGGGAAAAGGACUACAACCUUCAGCCCAUGAAUGCCUAUGGACUCUUCGACGAAUACUUAGAAAUGAUUCUUCAAUUUGGAUUCACAACUAUCUUUGUGGCAGCUUUUCCCCUAGCACCACUUCUGGCCUUAUUGAAUAACAUAAUUGAAAUUCGACUUGAUGCCUACAAAUUUGUCACACAGUGGAGGCGACCUUUAGCUUCAAGGGCCAAAGACAUAGGAAUUUGGUAUGGAAUUCUUGAAGGCAUUGGAAUUCUCUCGGUUAUUACAAAUGCAUUUGUCAUAGCGAUAACAUCUGACUUUAUCCCUCGCUUGGUGUAUGCUUAUAAGUAUGGACCUUGUGCAGGCCAAGGAGAAGCGGGACAAAAGUGCAUGGUUGGCUAUGUAAAUGCCAGCUUAUCUGUGUUUCGAAUUUCUGACUUUGAGAACCGAUCUGAGCCUGAGUCUGAUGGCAGUGAGUUUUCGGGGACUCCUCUCAAGUAUUGCAGAUACCGAGACUACCGUGACCCUCCUCAUUCACUGGUGCCCUAUGGCUACACACUGCAGUUUUGGCAUGUCCUAGCAGCUCGAUUGGCUUUUAUCAUUGUGUUUGAGCACCUCGUGUUCUGUAUAAAGCACCUCAUUUCAUAUCUGAUCCCAGACCUCCCGAAAGAUCUAAGGGAUCGAAUGAGAAGAGAGAAGUACUUGAUUCAGGAGAUGAUGUAUGAAGCAGAACUGGAACGUCUCCAAAAGGAACGAAAGGAGAGGAAGAAAAAUGGAAAAGCACACCACAAUGAGUGGCCAUGACCGGGUAAUAGUUUAUUUCCAAACCAAGGACCUGAAUUCUGUUUACUUCUCCCAGCCGUGCAAAAGCACAUUCAAGUGAAUGACUAAAACGCAGCCGCAGUGCAUGUUGCAGACAUUGGCAGCAGCAGGGGGUCAGCACCCUAAAGGACUACUGGAAAAUCAUGCUGCUGUGAAAUCACAUUGCAGCACACAAUUGCUAUCUAUCCAUAGACCAUUCUUGACCAAGCAAGCAUGCACGUCAUGGGCAGUUACAUUCUCAAGUUUUUAAAACCAAGGGGAACUUGUAUACUGGGCCUGUUUUUCAGCCUGUUUGCUACCUUUUUUGCAUUCUACCCCAUGUGAAUUUUACAGACACUGGGCUAAUAAGGGUAUUCAAACACCUGGACACACAUUCUUAGAAUGUCAUCAUAUGGUCCUAAUUCCAUGUCACCAAACAAUAGAGACAAGACCCUGUUUACAACUUUUUCUUUUUUUUUUUUUUUUAAUUUCAGAUCUUUCUGAGGAGAUUAUUAUAUAUGACAUAUCUAUAGCUAUGUGUAUGGCCAUAGAUGUAUUUCUCUGUGUACAUAUGUAUAGUCAUGUAUUCUUACAUAUGUACAUACAAAUACAGAGAUAUAUAAAGUACAUAGAAAUUCCUUACUUGUAAAUAGCCAAAGGGUACUGACAUGAAUGAAAAUUUUCACAUUUAAAUAGUCAUCAACAUGAAGCCAUGUUUAAUGCUUGUAUAAUGUGAUGCAAUAAAAUUUAAAAUAAAUUUAUGCA